AUGGAACGCGUACAGACACGGGAGGCUCUCAUGAUACCAAUCAAUUAUCCUGUCAUGGCUCACAUGGUUGAGAAAUUUGAUUACAGCUUUUUGUUGGAGCCAUCAGCUCUGGCAUUUGCUUUUGCUAAGCCCACCAUUGAGCCCAGCUGGCAGGCUCUCUACCAUCCAAUGCAAAGGGAAGUCUGGAUCUCAAUACUGAUCACCGUGCUCCUGGUUUAUGGUAUUCUCUUGUUGAUGAUGCAAGGCACCUACAGUGAUGGUUCAGGGGCGUGGGUGGUGUUGAAGCAGGUGGUCGGGACGCUGCUGGACGAGGCCAUUCCAGGGGAGCUGCCAAGAAACAACUCAACGCGUGUUCUUUUAACAGUAUGGCUGAUCUUUGCCUUUAUUGUGGGAACUGUUUAUCGCAGCAACCUGACUGCUAGCCUCACCGCACCUAAGUAUCCACCUCGCCCGGAAACACUUGCUGACCUUGUGGACAUGGGAAUCACAGUAACUUUCAUGAAAAGAAUGGACAUAUUUAUACAAAGUUUUAAGGAUUCUGGAUCUGAGACCUUAAGGUCCUUUAGUGAAAGAGUUGAACAUGUGCCGUCCUAUAUGGAAGGACUACAAAAAGUCAUGACAGAAAAGUAAGUUGAAAGUUUUUACUUGUACCAGUUUCCCAGAAAUACUUCACAUAUUCCUGAUAUAUUACGAAUACACAGGUAUGCAUAUAUCAACACAGGACGACCUCAAAAGGUGGCCCCUCUGGUGAGCGGCACCGUUGACCUGUACUGGCCUUCUCCCACUAAGUAAGGCGGACCAGGGGCCGAAGUCCCCUCUAGCCUCGCUCGCCUGAUCAUAGGGACAGGCAAGCCCCUGUUGUAGGUUUAAGUGACAAGUUUGUUUCAAGUGCUUGAUCGAAUGAUCUCAGCAAUUAAGUUGUCUUUAAGACGCAGAUAAUUCACUGCCUCAAGGGCAGCUUUGGCGGCAACGUCAGAUGAAAAUGUCACAUAGCACCGAUCGGAGACACAAUCGUCGUCGUAUUUGAGAAUAAUACGGAGAACCGUUCCAAAAGUCUUGAAAACCGAGUGGAUAGCACGGUAUGAAGUGGAGGCAUAGACAUUAAUCAUCACGAGAGUGUCAAGACAAGACUGAACAACUGACCCAAGCUGUCUUCCAUCAUGGGAAACAACAACAGGAGAAGAACGAGCCUGCACAUCACCAUCAUCAUCACACAUCAUCAUCAUCAUCAUCAUCAUCAUCAUCAUCGUCUCGAGGUCCUGGUCGACAGUCCCUCCAAAACCAAAUUAAUUUUUUUUUUCCCAUAAAAAUAUUAAAUAAAAUGGCUUCAGGGACCAAGGGAAACCGCCUACUGGGACUACGAAGGGAGCGAGCACUGGCCGUCGGGGACGGGGUUUCCUCGUCCCCAUGGGGGCCACUUGUUUGAAAAAUUGGCCCCUCGUGAUUCCAAAGUUUGUCCAUGGCGGAGCUAAGACCUCCUCGCACAAUGCAUCACAGCUCAGACACUCAACCAUCCAACACAGGACGACCUCAAAAGGUGGCCCCUGUGUUGUGAGCGGCACCGUUUACCCGUACUGACAGCCUAACUGGGAACUAUUGAGUCUGGUCCCUCACUGGCGACCUUGCUAGCAUGAGUUGCCCUCUCCCCCUAAAUAGGGCGGAGCAGGUGCCGAAUUCCCCUCUAGCCUCGCUCACCAGGUCAUAGGGACACGCAAGACCGCCCCCCCCCCCCCCCAACGAUAAGGCGUAGGUAAAGGCAUUAAAAAACUAAGACUAAGCAGCGCAUUGACUUUUUUUCCUGAAAUACCUCAUAAAUCAAUUCAGAUUUUCCCUAUCCGUAAACAGCAAAGCGCACAUGUAUGAACGACUGUACCUGGAGAUGAAGGUGGCGGAGGGCUUCACCCAAAAGGAUGGAUCGACGCCCAUCUAUGUGACACAAGGGAACCUCAUGCCUGGUUACGCUGGCUUUCCGCUUGUACUGGACGCUCCUUUCAAGAUCAAUAUCGAUAAUUGCCUUAUUGAUAUACACGGAGGCGGACUGAUUGACUACUGGACAAAGCAAGUAAUCAGAAACAUCCGAAGCGCCAGUAGGAAGCGUGUAAAUGAAGCUCAGUCAGAAGAUAUCUCUAGCGAGGAUAACCGAGCCCUCACACUGGUCCAUAUGCAAGGUCCAUUCUUCCUUUAUUUUAUCUGUGCGUUCGUUUCCCUUGUUGCUUUCUUGAGUGAGGUGGUUUUAAGAUUCUAUUACUGUGGCUACCACAUAAAAAUUUCUUCUUUCACUUAAUAACGAGUUUUACUUUAUGUUCUGUCGAUGUUCAUGAUGGUUUGUAACCGAUAGUCCGCCUUGAAACAGAUGGCACUCUAUAUGAAUGUACUGUAAAUUAGUCUUGCACAACUUGCAAGACAAUCAUUGAUCUUCAUAUAGCAAUUUUUGUGUUGAACGGCGUCCAUGUAAUGUUUUCUUUAAAAAUAAAUCGAAUUGCCUCGUGAAAUAUAUUAAAAAUAAAUCGAAUUGCCUCGUAAAAUAUAUAUGACGAAGUGAUUCAAGUUAUUGUUUAGAGAAGGUAUAGCCGGUAUUAAUCAAUUAUUAUUAUCAUAAUUAUUCCUUGGCUACUUAAUUUCCAAAGUGGAGCACAUUCUGACUCUUCCCUUUUGCAGAGAUCUCCAUUCUUGGAGACUUCAAUGUUCACCACCAGCUUUUGGCUUUCCUCUGACGCCUGACUUCUGAUCUUUCUAAAAUUUCUUAUUGGGGGCAGAGCAAACUUGGUAUUUUUUAAUGCCUCAAAAAACUCCUACUCCACCAUCUAUCAACUCGACACAACCUUCCAGACAACUAUCCCUUCUUCUUCAAUGACACUCAGCUGUCCCCCUUUUCUACACUGAACAUCCCCGGUCUGUCCUUUACUUACAAUCUGAAAUGGAAACCUCACAUCUUACCUCUAGCUAAAACAGACUUCCAUAGUACGUUCUCUGCCCUGGAGCAUUUUACUUCCUCCUUCCCUCCCCUUAUCUGAUUUGUUUUACAGUGUAUUCACCCUUGUUACAAGCACAGGUAGAAGUUGGUUGACUAUGGGUGUGUUGUACUCUUUCUUGUAGCAUAAGGUAGUGAAUCGAGUAUGGAAUAAAACUUACAAUCAUUAUUAAACUAA